AUCGUUAGUCUCUCCAUCUCUCUAGAAUUGUUCUUGAAAUUCUCUCCGUCGAACAUUUUCUUCAUUUAAUUUCGGUCGGAGAUUGUCGUACGAAACCCUUGAGGUUCUUAUUUAACGAACGCAUUACUCUUUCUAUGGAACAAAAUUAUUCUGUACCUCACUCUGUAUCUGAGGCAUACUUAGAGUCUGAACAAGAUGUCUCUCUCAAGCAAAACUGGAAAUCUAUCUCAACUCAGUCAACAGUCUCAGAAGACGCAAAUGGUUGCUUCGAUUGCAACAUUUGCUUAGACUCAGCAGCUGAACCUGUUGUCACCCUCUGUGGUCACCUCUACUGCUGGCCGUGUAUUUACAAAUGGCUUCAUGUUCAAAUCUCCAGCAACAGACCCGAAAACACCCAGAACUGCCCUGUUUGUAAGGCUAGCAUUACUCCCUCCUCUUUGGUUCCCCUAUAUGGUCGUGGCACAUCAAACUCAGAUUCCGAAUCCAAGAAGUCUCACUUGGGUAUGGUUGUACCUCGAAGACCACCACCCUCAAUGAACACACCGCCCCAUUCCAAUGCAACCUCUGCAUUGCAUCCAAGCCAGGAGCUUCAUCCAAAUUAUGUCCGCUCGCCCUCACACCCAAUCUAUCACCAACAAUAUUUCCCCCAGGCCUACGGUGACUUUGCUUCAUACGCGCCGUCUUAUCUCGGUAAUGCCGUGAUAACGAGUCUGCUAAACCCGACAAUUGGGAUGUUUGGAGAAACAGUUUUCACUAGAAUUUUUGGUAGCGUGGAUGGGAACUUAUUGCCAUACCCACCAUACAACAACGCCAUCCCUGGAAAUGCCAGUACCAGAAUGAGAAGACAGGAAAUGCAGCUUGAUAAGUCUCUUAAUAGAGUUUCCAUCUUUCUAUUUUGCUGCUUUAUUAUCUGUCUUCUGUUAUUUUGAAAUUGGGAAUAGAUGUUGUGUGGAGAAGCAUGUGAUAUACAGAUAAACAACUAGAAUUUUGUUUGAUGGCUUUGCUGUGAGAAGUCAUCUAUAUGUACAGAAGGUUAACCUAAUAUCACAUAUUAUUUUGUAA